AUAAAAAGAGCGGCUCCUUGCGCUUGCUUCACCGGUUUUCCGACGCCUGUGCUUGGGAAGCCGCUCUGGGAAGCCGCACAGGCCGGAGGGUUCACCAUCGUUCAUCGAAAAAAAAAAGCUCUACAAUGCUACCUGUCAUCCUCAUCGGUAUCAUCGCCCUGCUCUGCGUUCAGGCAUGCGAGGAACCUGGGGCCAAAGUGAACGUCGAGGUGUUCUACGAAUCGUACUGCCCGGACAGCAAGCGCUUCGUACUCGAACAGCUCAACUCCACGUACAGCGAACUCUCCAACAUCAUGGAGCUGCAGCUCAUUCCAUACGGGAAGGCGUCGAGGCGACAGGUGCCGAGUACAAAAUGGUACACCUUCGACUGUCAACACGGAGACGAGGAAUGCAAAGGAAACCUCUACCAGGCGUGUGCAAUCCAGUAUCAUCCUGACCCCAGUGUCCACCUUCCGUUCAUUGCUUGCAUGUUCGAAUCAAGCUCUCCGAACAGCGCUUACAGGAGGUGCGCCCUCAAGUCAGGCUUUGACCUGGAGGUUCUAGCCAAGUGCAACACCGACAAGGAGGGCAACGACCUCAUGGUCAAGUACGCCGAGUGGACCGAGAGCGUGAACGCCAAGAAGCGCCUCGACUUCGUUCCCUGGAUUCGCAUGAACUCGAAAGACAAGAUGUUCUCCGCCUUCACGGAGUUCAAGAAAACUCUCUGCGAAGAAUACGACCGAAUGGCCAAGACAACCUGCCCGGAUGCAACCGGCAACCCGCAAACCCAGGAUAUCCCGGAGGCGUGCAGACAGGUCCUUCCGGCAUAAGGCUCCCUGCCCGGCGCCUUCGGAUCCAUCCAAGCCCUAAUUCAACAUGUUGUUGUCAGUCAUCGAGGUUCAAAUGAGGACUUCCUCUAAAUUGCUACGUGGUCGCGUUACGCCCAAGUGAUAACGCUUUUUUUUUUUUUUGCGUUACCACUCUUCAAGCAAUAUUGUACCUCGUAAAGGUUUGCCUGAUUUCGGACACUGUUGCUCGGACUCGUUUAAACGGGAACUGUGUUGUCACGCAGCAAGUGCGGGGAAUAUUGUUGACUGUUGUAGGCCUGCCUCGCGAUGCGCGGCGACGGAAUGCAAGCGGGUAUCGUCAACGCCUCUUUGGACGCAUGGGCCCUGCAAUCACUAACGACUUGACAAAAACAAGGCGGUGCAAGUGCACAUUUUCAAAAAAGGUAUGCGCUGGAUGAAUGAACGAAUGCAGACGUCUGAGUUAGUCUAAUUAGCGGCAGCUUGCGCCACCUAGCGGCAAAGGCACGCACGUAUUUUGGUGGGAACGAAUGCUGCUAAUAUAGCAGACGACACUGGCGUCGGCUGAUCUCCAUACUGACUGACUCAAUCGGCUUGGAGAGGGGUAUCUCAAAGCAGGCACGUAGCCAGGGGGAGGGGGGGGGGGGGGGGGAGGGAGGCCCAUUCCCCCGAAAUCUUCCAUUUUGCUGGGGCCUCCUCUCCCCUUUCUCCUCAUGCAGCAGCUUGUCAUGAUCGCUCCCCCCCCCCCCCCUGGAAACAAAAUCCUGGCUACAUGCCUGUCUCACAGUCAGCCCACCGCUAGGCUGCGCUUUUAUCCAGAAGAGAUUAAUUGUGACGUCGGUGUUCGCUCAUUGGUUCCUUGUUCUUACUAGAUCACGCGGGACUCUGACAGGCUGUUCACCGAUAAUGAGAUUGGGGGGGAGUGCUGCGUCAUGUUAUUGUAAAGUCGUCAGCGAUUAAGAUGUCACGUUAUGAGGCAGGUGAAAUGAGAAAGUGGCCAAUGGCUGAGGGCCGCAGUGACGUAGCGUUUUUAUCGGUACCGUUGAGCCAAUCACUGUGUCUAGGAUGUGCUGCAGGCUAAACUGAUCAAGUGGCCGUGAUGCGAUGAUUUUUGCCUACCUCAUGUCACGAGUCAGCACUAAGGCAUUGCGUUCAAGCAGGCAUUGAUCAUGUAUACAGACUCUUAAUUGUUGUUGUGCUCCUCGCGGCAAAGUUAGUUGCAUGACCGAUGGACCACAUCACAUCCCGUGCAAAAGUAUGCAUUGGGGCAGACAUUCCAAUCAUAUGAGUAACGCACACACCUUAGGUUUUCUAACUGAUUCUACAGAUUGAAUGCAUGAAAAGAGUCAGUCUUUUUAGUAUGCAAGUUUUCUUUUUACAUUUUGCCUCUUGUGGACCAUUUCGCUUUUCUGUGGCUUUAGUUACAACUCUGACCUUUAUUUUUAUUUCGGCAGUUGUGUGUCUUCCAUGUGAUCAAAGUGUGUAAAUACUCAGUCCGCUUAUUUUGUGCACGUUUGUGUUUUUGUUGUUGUUGUUUUUUGUGAAACGUUUUUGGUCAUUGUUAACAAAUUUUCAACAUGCAAGGCGACGGUAAACACUGGCCGAUCAAAUAAUCAAAAAUAUGCGGUAUAGGAACAAAUAAAUGUUUUUUACGAGGAAAAAAAAA